AUGUCCUCCGAAUACUUGACGGAAGAGGAACACGAGAGACUCCAACGCGCGCGAAGCAUCGUGGCGGCGCUUGAGAAUAAACCGUUACUGUUGUGGCGUUUGUUCAGAGAGGCGUUGCUAAAUGGCGGCGCGUGUCGCGAUAUCGUGGAGAAGCAUGUGAUGUGUAAACUCAACGGGACGGAUCUCAAAUUCUUUUACGAGGUGAAUACGGAGACGAGAAAGUUGGUGAAGAGAUCAUCUCGCGAGAGUGAUUUGAAAAAGAAAUUUAAUGUCGAUGAGAUGUCGUCGAUAUCGACUUUGGAAGUUGCGUGGGAGAAUAAAUCGUUGUGGUCGGGAUACUUGUACGACGAAUCAGAUUUCUGCUGGGAAGUUGCUCGAAAGAAUAAACUCGAGUUGCUCAAGUGGGCGCGAGAGGAGAAAGAGUGUGAGUGGGAUGAAUUGACGAUUACUGCGGCCGCACGUCGAGGUAAUCUAGAAAUGGUAAAGUAUUGCGUGGCAAACGAGUGUCCUAUCGAUGAGACGGCGUGUGCAUAUGCUGCCGAAAACGGUCAUCUCGAGGUGCUCAAAUACUUACGCGAAGAAGCGAAAGUGCCUUGGGAUUCUGAUAUUGCCUCUUACGCGGCUUCAAAUGGUCAUCUCCACAUACUCGAAUAUCUUGUUGAGCGUGAGUAUGAUAAUUAUGACGUAUGGUCGUGUAUCAGUGCAGCCGAGAACGGCCACUUGGACUGUUUGAAAUACUUGCACGAAACCGCCAAAGCGCCGUGGGAUUAUGUGGCCGUGCGAGUCGCUCGCGAGAAAAAUCAACCCGAAUGUUUACAAUACCUCCUCGACAACAACUGUCCUCUCCCACGCGGUUGGCGAUACGAGCACGGCGAGUUAUUCAUUCACGGACCAGAGUAA